GGCGUCGUGGUUUGGUGUUAAAAGUCGCCGUGAAAUUUACGGUUACGCUGAUAAUAUUUAUUUGUGAUUUGUAUUCGUUUUGUGUAAAGUGUCUUAUUUUCCCUACUGUUGCGGUAGUUAAUUGAGUAUUCAAUAUGGAUUUUCAAAUACCAUUCGUUUUCGUGUCUCUCUUCUCACUCGCAAGUGUCCUAUUGAUAUUUGUGUAUAAAUUUGGAAUCAAAGAAAAAAGUUAUGAAGAGGCAUUGGCUGAACAACGCCAACAAAAUCAUAUCCUGUUAGGUGCCAAACCUAAACUUAAGGAGAAAAAGAACAAAAAGACCUCAAAGAAGGUUAAAGAAAAAAUCAAUCUGGGUGAAAAUGAAACGGUUGAGGAGCCGGAAUCAGAAACUAACCAGAAAAAUAUGGAAAACCAGAAGAAACUUCACGUGGAGUUUAAAGAAGUUACAGAAGAAGUAUCGGUUAAACCACCAAGUCCACCAGCAAAGAAACAGUCAAAGAAAGAAAAAGUUCGCCCAAUUUUGGUCAAAAAAGAUAAACUUGAAAACGAUGUAGAAACAGUAGCUGAUGAAGUCCCAACUCAAACCAAUCAUUUUGAAGAACUGCAUCCUAAAGAUGAUUUUGAAUUAAAAUUCCAUUCCAUUAGCGUUGAAGAGACUCCAAAUCCCGAUAAAAAUGUCGAGAAUAAUUCGCAUAAAAAGCAACCAGAGACGGAAACCACUCCUUUGUAUAAAGAAAACCAUCCACAAGCCGUUACUUCAUCCAUUAAUGGUUUUAUCAGUAACACCGGAAAAGAAAAGAAGAAGAAAAAAAGCGAGUUUAACACUUUGCAACAACUUGGUGAUAGUAAUGGCCCCAACUUGUCGCUCCUCCUCAACUUGGUGCGUAAGGCUGAAUUGUCUCGUUCUGAGGUUCAGAUACUUAUUGAUCUCUUACUGAACAAGCAGCAUGAGGCUCCCGCGGUUUUGGACGAAUGGACUGAGGGCAAAACCGAUCCAGUCCAAAAACUCAAAAAACAACUAGCAGAGAAAGAAAAGUUGCUACAAGAGGAACAACAAAUCGCCACAAGUGCGCAAGCUAAACUUCGUGAAAUUCGCAACGAACAACAAGCUGAGAAAUCACGCCUUCAACAAAAAAUUAGAAACAUGGAAGAAAUAGACCAGAAAAAACAACUAGAAGCAGGGAGACUCCACCAACAAGUGCAACAGUUGCAAGCACAACUGAAAGAUGAAGUGCUCAAGAGUCACAAAUUGAGGGAGGAACACGCAGCGAUUCAAAUUCAAAGACAACAAAUCGAAAUUAGGUUGAAUCAAGCACAGGAAUCGGAAGUUAUAAUAAAUCGGUUGCAAACCGAAGUGCAAGAAAUGGGGGCGCUAAAUAAUCAAUUGCGUAUGGAAUUGACUCGUAUUACUGAGGAAAAUUUAGUAGAGAAAGAACGCAGCCAGUCGUUCAUUUUGCAGUUGAGUAACUUCCAGAAGGAAUUGGAGCAAAAAACUGACCGAAAUCGACAAUUGGAGGAGACCCGUUUGAAGUUGGAGCGCGAUUUGGACGCAAUUUUGAAGCAAGACAAUGAAUAUAAAGCUGAAAUUUCACGUCUGAGUAGCGUUCUUCAGCAACAAAAUGAAGAAAUCAGAAGAAUGGAACAUGGAAAGAAGCAACAUCUUGACGAGUUACAGAAACAAAAAGAUGAAACAAACAAAAUUAAAAAUGACUUAAGGAAAGCGCAGGAAGAAACUGCUCAGUUGCAAAUGUCGCACAUGAACGGAUCCUUGCAAGAAAACAAACAACACGAAGUGGAAAUUUUAAAUCUUCACAACGAAUUAACAUCAGUCAAAACAAAGUUGCAUGAGGUUGAAAAACAGAGUGAAAAUGAGUUAAAAGUAUCAAAUGAAAUUGCGGAGAAGUUGCAGAAAAAAGUGGACGAGUUGCAACUAAAGUGUCAAGAGGAAAAGACUAAAUUAGAGGAACAAAAAAUGAAAAAUAACGAGUUAAGAACAAAAAAUUGGAAAGUUAUGGAGGCGUUAAAUGCUGCUGAAAGCAGGAUGAAAAGUAACAAAACCAAUAUUCAAACUAAAAGUGAGAAGGAUGUACAGAGGGAAUUUAUUCAAAGGUUGUUCCCUGAAAUUCAAGAUGAGAAAAUUAUGAAUGCAAAUGCAUUCGAAAGUGAUGGUGAAAAAUUCAUUAGGAGUUAUAUUAAUGACUUGAAAAAACAAAGUAGUAAAGAAAAUGAACCUGAUGCAAGUCAGCUCAAGUUACAGUUGAAGCAUUACAAAGAUGUUAUAGAUAAUACUGAAAAAAUGUUAAAUAAGUUACAAAAACAUAUUGAACAAGAAGAAAUUAAUUGGAGAAUGCAAUUAUCAGCAAAAACUGCUGAAUUAGAGCAAUUGAAAGAAAAUUGCGGUAGUGAGUUACAAGAAAGAUUGACCUCGUUGGAGUUAGAACUGAAAAAAGAACGUGAAGAUAAAAAAAGAAUUAUUGCACAAUUUAAUGAUAAAACCGACUUGAGAGAAAAUUCAUCUAAUGGAUUGCACUUGAGAUAGAUUGGAUUUUUUUUCUUCCACCAGUCUUAAUGAUAGGAAUUAGUAAAAAUAAAUAAUACUGCAUAACUAAUUACAUUUUUUUAACUUAUUCAUCAUUUAUAGUAGGUAAUUGUUUCAUGUAUUUACUCAGUCAUUCCUCGCAUUGUGUGUGCAAUAAGUUUAUAAAUUUCAUACUUUAUGAGAAUAGGUCACGAUAUUUUUAAUAAAAGCAAUUUUCAAUUAA